AGAGUGGGCGGGGAAAAGGGGAGGGCAAGAGAGUCGGAUCGGCGCCAUAUUGGAUGGCUCUCGCUGAGGGCAGCCUAUUGGUCACUCCCUGGUCUCCAUGCACAAAAAAAUUGUGUGAGACUAUUAUAAGACACCUUGGCUCUUUCCCUCCACUGUCCUGCACCUGUCCAUCAUGGAUCAAGACUAUGAAAGGCGCCUUCUCCGUCAGAUCAACAUCCAGAAUGAAAACAUGAUGCCUUCUGUAACAGAUAUGAGGAGGACCUUGACACCUUCUAAUUCACCCGUUUCCUCCCCUAGUAAACAUGGUGACCGAUUCAUUCCUUCCCGAGCUGGAGCAAAUUGGAGCAUCAGCUUUCAUAGAAUAAAUGAAAAUGAAAAGUCUCCAAGUCAAAAUAGAAAAGCAAAAGAUGCCACUUCAGACAAUGGCAAAGAUGGCCUUGCCUACUCCGCCUUGCUAAAAAAUGAACUCCUUGGAGCCGGGAUUGAGAAAGUCCAAGAUCCACAGACUGAGGACAGGAGGCUGCAGCCCUCCACGCCUGAGAAGAAGAGCCUUUUCACGUAUUCCCUCACCACAAAACGUUCCAGUCCUGAUGAUGGCAACGAGGUUUCUCCAUACUCCCUCUCCCCUGUCAGCAACAAAAGUCAAAAAUUACUUCGAUCACCUCGAAAACCCACAAGGAAGAUAUCCAAGAUUCCAUUCAAGGUUUUGGAUGCUCCAGAACUUCAGGAUGACUUCUACUUGAACCUAGUUGAUUGGUCAUCCCUCAACGUCCUUAGUGUUGGUCUUGGGACGUGUGUCUACCUUUGGAGUGCUUGCACUAGCCAGGUGACGCGGCUGUGUGAUCUAUCUGUGGAAGGCGAUUCUGUUACCUCUGUAGGAUGGUCAGAACGGGGCAAUUUGGUGGCAGUUGGGACCCACAAAGGUUUUGUACAGAUCUGGGAUGCUGCAGCAGGGAAGAAACUCUCAAUGUUGGAAGGUCACACGGCCAGAGUGGGUGCUCUGGCAUGGAAUGCAGACCAGCUAUCUUCUGGCAGUCGGGACCGGAUGAUCCUCCAGAGAGACAUCCGGACGCCUCCCUUGCAGUCCGAACGGCGCCUUCAAGGCCAUAGGCAGGAAGUGUGUGGGCUGAAAUGGUCCACAGAUCACCAGCUCCUAGCAUCUGGUGGGAAUGACAACAAGCUCCUUGUCUGGAACCAUUCCAGCCUCAGCCCCGUCCAGCAGUAUACAGAGCACCUCGCGGCAGUCAAAGCUAUUGCUUGGUCCCCUCAUCAGCAUGGGCUCCUCGCUUCAGGAGGUGGGACUGCUGACCGCUGUAUACGUUUCUGGAAUACCUUAACUGGACAGCCUUUGCAGUGCAUUGACACAGGGUCACAAGUGUGCAACCUGGCUUGGUCCAAGCAUGCCAACGAACUGGUGAGCACCCAUGGAUACUCACAGAACCAGAUCCUAGUUUGGAAAUACCCGUCCUUGACUCAGGUUGCAAAGCUAACUGGGCAUUCCUACAGAGUCCUUUACUUGGCAAUGUCACCAGAUGGAGAAGCCAUUGUGACAGGAGCCGGGGAUGAGACACUGAGGUUUUGGAAUGUUUUCAGCAAAACUCGCUCUACCAAGGAGUCUGUUUCAGUUCUUAACCUCUUCACCAGGAUACGGUAAAAUCAACCCACGGACUAUAUUUUGGGGUCAAGACCACUAACCGGCGUGCAUGGAGCCAGAAGCCUGGAUUUGGGGAGAGGGGGUGGGUGGGAACCGGGGGGCAAGGUGUCAAUCUGUUUAGAGGGGACUCAGAGAUACUUAUUAAAUACCUGAGUAUGAAUGCUAUUGAGCAUUAUUUAGGGGGGAGGGAUGGGUGGGAAGGGAAGGGAAGCUGGCAAAAAAAAGAAGAAGAAAUAUUUUCUUGUCCUCCAGGACAGGGGACAAGUGGGAGAAGGGCUUCAGAGAGAGGAGGAUCUUGAAGUGUGUGUCUGUGUGUAGUGUAUGUGAGUGAGAGAAAAAGAGAGCAAGUGCCCAAGUGUGCCUGCCUGUUGGAUGAAUUUAAAAAAAAAAGGAAAAGGAGCAGGGGUCAUUUUAGGUCCUGGCCAUGAAGAUGAAUAAAAGAAAACAAAUUUUGUGUAUCUGUAGAAAGUAAGACAGCUCUGAUGGAAGUCUCGCCAAUGUGGUAAGUGGCAAAAGAGGAAAGACAAGUUUGCAGAAUUUAUUUUCCAAGGCGUACAGAGUUUGGCGAUGUCCAUUCAGUGGCAUUUGGAUGGACCCCUGAGUGCAUGGUGGCUUGGUUUGUGGGAGCGGUACUGAAAAGGGGAAGAGAAGAGUACUUUUAUUUAAGCCUUAAUCCUUCUGUCCUCUAGUUGUGCUGAGCGCAAACAAGUUGUCAGUCUCAGCACGGCUGGGAUAGGGCCUGAAAAACAGGAGGCCAAACUGGCUGCUCAGACAGCAGGGAUGAGUGUUAUUCUUUGGGUGUAUUCAACUUAGGGAAGGCAGUAUUUUUGCAGGCCACAUACGGCCCCCUGCAUCCUUUUUUAUUGCCCUCAGAACACCUCUGCAGUGGGCAAAGCCAAAUUUUUAGCCCAUUAUUUGUGCUUUUUUUUUUUUUUAAACAGUUGGAGGAACAAUCGUUGAAUAUACUUAAGGAACAAAAUGGAGGUGGGGGAAAUUUUGCCAUCUUGUUUUCUAAAGCUGGGGUCUCCAACCUUGGCAACUUUACAACAUGUGGACUUCAACUCCCAGAAUUCCUCAGCCAGCGCAUGGGAGUUGACGUCCACAAGUCGUAAAGUUGCCAAGGUUGGAGACCCGUGUCCUAAAGGGCUGCUUUUCCCCUUCUGCUGAUGGGAAAACAAGGCUUAUAAGAGCCAUCCAAUGCCUCAACUCCUCCUCCCCUUUCCCGGACAGAAAAAAGGGGCUAAACGUGUUGAGUUCACCUUCUUAGCGAUGGCAUUUCACCAGCCAUAACCCCACAGUCCCUGGACCAAACAUCUCUUUUAGAAGAAAGAACAGUCGUUGGCUGAAAAAAAAAAUUACUCAUCCCUUCCUUAGGUACACCAAAAUAAAGCGACUUGUCCCCAAAAAGCACAGCAAUGUUUUUAUGUUGAACAUUUCAUAGGCUCAGAAUGAAGAGUUGAUUUUGAAGAGUUUCCAAUGAGCAAAUAAGCACAAGUUGCCCGGCGAGAGCCGAGAGAACAGAAGUGUUGGCUUUUAAGCUUGACUUGGGAGCAAAUGUAAAGAGAUUCCAGAGAUUUGAAAGCUGAGGCUCGGCAGCUUCUGUUUUGGUGUGUUGGGGGGGAAAAAACGUUACUUUUCAAAAGGAGAAAAACAUACAAGUUGAGUUCAUCCUGUACUUAAAAAAGACAAUUUGUAAUUUCGGCUCUUAGGAUUGAAUGUUAGACCGAUGCACUCCCUUCUUUGUCUCCCAAUAUUAAAAAUCGGAUAACUUAUGGCUCGUCCAGAAUGAAAAAUAAGAGACCAAAUUGAGAAUGCAAGGAGGGAAUCAAGAGUUUAUAUCUAAUAAGUCAUGAUUCACCCUGAAGGAGCCAUAGGUUUGAUGGAUUUAUGUUUAGUGUUAGGAAGAAGUAAAUAAAUGGAACGAUUUUGGUUAUAUGAAGUCCUGUAAUUCAGUCCAAAGUGAAUUUUUAAUUUUAAUUUUUAAAUUUGGUUGAGUAGGACAGAAUGAUGUUGUUUAUUUGAAGCCCAGUCAGAAAUGCCAUGAAGGUCUGAGAUAUGAAGACUACAGCACUUGAGUUCUACGUGUUGCUUUUAAAAUCAGUGUAUUUUGUAUUUUAGCAGCCCUUACUCCUCUUUGUGAAGAACUACCCCAGCUGUACAAACUGUUGCUUGUUUGAGGUGUCUUUGCACUUAAUAGAAUAUUUGCAGAAGUCCAGUUCUCUUUGUGAGCAUGUAGGAAUCAACCUGUGGCCCUUCAUGCAUCGUGUGUAUGUUCUGGUCUUCCUCCAGCUUUGUGUUCUGUUGAUGUGGGAACUCCAGUUGCUAUCAUCCUUGAGCCCUUUUGACCAAGAGGGUUUAGGAUUACACUGAUUGUAGUCACAUAGCACCAGACUGGGGGAAAUACUGGAGUUGAGGCAAAAUGUUCUGCUUCUUAGACUAUGCAAGAAGUGCUAUGUACAAAUAUCACAUAACCAACUGGAGUAUUCUUGAAAGGAAGUACUGAAUAGAGCUCUCCUGUUUCCACACAGAAGGCAGAGCGUUCUCCUGGGUGGCUAAGAAUGCGAAUCUUGGAAAGAUUCUUUCGGUUCCAUCCGAGUCCCUGCCACCUUUUUGAUGCCCACCUGCUCUAUACGGUGGCACCCCUUUUGUUUUGGUGUUUGAACAACCGGCUUUGCCUCUGUGUAGUAUCUAACAUGACAAACCCAGCAGUUUUUUUUUUUUCCGAAAAAAAAAUGCCCAUGGACUGCCAGCAUCUGAAGGAGGGUCCCUCUUGUUUACUUCCAUUCACAACGUGCCAUCUUGAAAUCAUGUUCCUAGAGAAGAGAAUGAUUUGAAUCUCCCAACUCUUGCUUUCCAUCUGGAGCAGAUGCUGCAAAUGGGGAGUUUGUGGUGGGUUUAGCUGCCUCCAAAUAAGUAUUUUGUGUGUGUGUGUGUGUUGUCUCAGUUCUCAUAUGGGUUGCAAGAGUUGAUUAUACUGAUGCAUGUUGACUAGUCAUGUGUAAGAAAAACAAAAAUCCACGCAAGAGGAUUAAAAAAAAUACAAGUUCCACAAUUUGUAUUUCUCUAUGUAUUAUUUUUUGGCCAGAAGUAUCUGAAAAUUCUUUUUGGAAUGGGGUGUUUCUGUUUUCUGUUUUGUAUGAAUGUCUGGCAUUCUUAUGUAUGCAGUGCGUCACAUAAGGGGCCAUAGGAUGUGUGGGGUAUGGUACAAAAAAAAAAAAGCGUAUAGCUUCAUAUGUAAAGUUAAUGUAUCUGGCAUUAAAGACUUAUGAAUGGAACAAUU